CUGCAGAGCUCUGACUUGUUGCUGGGACAAUAAUAGUCAUGUUGCACAUGGUAGGCUCAGACCAUAAAGAGACAGCCAGAUAGGAUACAGACAUGUUCUGUGCUCAUUCCACAUACAGUAUAGUAGCAUAGAAAGAUGGUAUAUACCCCCUUAAGAGUCCAGAUGCUCCAAAUGAAAUCCAAAUGCCUGCAGUUACCAGUGUCUAAACUCUCCAAAGAACAGCCAAAUUGGUUUGAAGCACUGCUGUACAGCAGUUAGACAAAUGGAGAGGUGUAGGUAGGAUGACUAGUCUACAGAGUUUGAGACAAGUGGGUAACCGCACUGGAUGCUUCUGUAAGGCAGUAAAGCUGUUUGGUGUUUGUAUAUUUGAUUUUACAUGUAUACGCUUACGGAAUCCAUGACAUGCGUAGUAAUACAGUCACAAUGCACAUUUGAUCACAGAGAUUGCAUACUUUAUUCAGAAAUGUGUGCGUUAUUGUUGAUGGCUAAAGAUGCAGUGUAUGGCCCACACACAGUGGAAUGUGGCUCUGCUUCUAUCGCUGAGCGCUACAAAGCGAAGCGAGUGGCACUGACAAGGUUAGAUUAGCUUAGCAAGUACCUGCAUGUCACCAUGUAAACUGAAAAGUGCAACUGGUGAAGGCAAACAAGGAGGAAAGUUAUAUUUCAUGCAGCACAAUAUUUGUUUGAGGGCCACAUUGAAAUGGCAAUCUCUCACCUGAUGAUGAUGGCGAUGAUGAUGAUGGCGAUGAUGAUGAUGAAAGCUUGUUCACCUGAUGACAAAACAAAAACCAUAUUGACACCAGAAGUGGUUACAACUAGAGUGAGCUAGUAAACAUUACUACAGUACAAUAUAUAUUCACCAAGGUAAAAACAAGAAAUGAGUCGCCAGACUGCCACCGCGCUGCCCACAGGAACCUCCAAGUGCCCCCCCUCCCAGCGCGUGCCCACCCUGUCAGGCACCACUGCCUCCAACAGCGACCUGGCCAGCCUGUUUGAGUGCCCUGUCUGUUUCGACUAUGUCCUACCCCCCAUCCUGCAGUGCCAGUCUGGACACCUGGUAUGCUCCAACUGCCGGCCCAAGCUCACCUGCUGCCCCACCUGCCGAGGCCCCCUGGGCUCCAUCAGGAACCUGGCCAUGGAGAAGGUGGCCAACUCUGUCCUCUUCCCCUGCAAGUACGCCUCAUCGGGCUGCGAAGUCACGCUGCCUCACACCGACAAGACGGAGCACGAAGAGCUGUGCGAGUUUCGGCCGUACUCGUGCCCAUGCCCCGGCGCCUCCUGCAAGUGGCAGGGCUCCCUGGACGCCGUAAUGCCUCAUCUGAUGCACCAGCACAAGUCCAUCACCACGCUGCAGGGGGAGGACAUUGUGUUCCUGGCCACGGACAUCAACCUGCCGGGCGCCGUGGACUGGGUGAUGAUGCAGUCGUGUUUCGGCUUCCACUUCAUGCUGGUGCUGGAGAAGCAGGAGAAGUACGACGGCCACCAGCAGUUCUUCGCCAUCGUGCAGCUCAUCGGCACGCGCAAGCAGGCGGAGAACUUCGCCUACCGGCUGGAGCUCAACGGGCACCGGCGCCGCCUGACCUGGGAGGCCACGCCGCGCUCCAUCCACGAGGGCAUCGCCACGGCCAUCAUGAACAGCGACUGCCUCGUGUUCGACACGUCCAUCGCACAGCUGUUCGCCGAGAACGGCAACCUGGGCAUCAACGUCACCAUCUCCAUGUGCUAGGAACUUUUGAAGAAAAAGAGGGUCAAAAAAGUAACAGAUGGUCAGGGGGCAUUUUUUUAAGGGGGUCAAAUCCGUUGUGACCUCACAGCGCCUCCCACCCCACCCCCCCACCCCCCCUCUCUGCCUCACCCCUUGAGACGUGGAACUGGACUGUCUGAUCGGGCAGCCGUGGAGCCCCAGGGGGUGGGAUGGAUGGAUGGAUGGAUGGAUGAGUGGAAGGAUGGAUGGAUGAGUGAGUGAGUGGAAGGAUGAGUGGAGGAAUGAAUAAACCCAAGAACAUAACUGUGUAGUGAUGGCUAUAGACUUCUAA